AUGCCGCCGACUCUUAAACGUCUAGCUACAGAGGAUGGAAGCGUCUCGCCCCCACCAUUGAAGCGCACGGCACCUUCGGCCAGCACAACUACAAGUAUUUACAAUAAGUACCUGCUAGCCAUCCUUAGCAACCAAGCCGGUAUCAGCAUGAACAGCGCCUCCAAGACUGUCAAUUCGGACAAGAAAAGACUUGCCGACUUCAAGCAGAAAGUCAAGAGUGUCUUUACACAACUCGACUUGCCCAUCGUCCUCUAUGCUGCCACCGACAAGGACAAGUUUCGUAAACCGCGUACAGGAAUGUGGGACAAGUUGCUAGAGGCACAAGACAAUACCAAUGCCGACAUCAAGGCUCGCGAGUACUGGACACAAUUGGCAGAGUCGCUCGAAAUUCCUAUUCGAUGUGUACACUUCACGGCCCCGUCCAAGCUUUGUGAACACAACGAUGCCGUUCGGUCCAUCGGAGGUCAACAACUGGGAAUGAACCCAGAGUCGAGAACUAUGCUGCCGAGACAGGCAUUCACUGGAUUCGCAGCCAGAUACAGCCCUCCAACCCUGGAUGAGGGCUUCGUCGACAUUACCAAGGUCGACUUUAAGUUCUCUGGUACCGAGGAGCAGAAGACCGCAUGGUCGAAGUUCUGGGUGUGA